AUGUGGUGGCCCAGCGACAUCAAGGCGCCCGCCGCAUCCAACGGCGCGCAAUCACGGCCGUCGCGCGCGCCGCAGCAUCCAUGGGCAGAAGAUCUCGUUUCGCGUGCCGAUGACGACGCCGUGACCGACGCCGCCGUUCGCGGAUGGGCGUCGGCUGCGGCCGAUUGGGAUGCGCGGAGCGGCGACGAGGGGCGGAUCACGGGGAGAGGGGGAGCGUGGGUGUGGGGGGGAGAGCCCAGUGCGCGCAGGUGGCCGCUAACGGGCAAAGGCGGAGACGCUCAGGGGAAAGGAGGAAGAGCGGGGGAACGGGGCGGCGCGGAAUCGGGUCAGAGCCGAGAGGAGGGGGAAUUGGGGCGGGUAGUGAGAGCGGGUAAAAGGGCUGGUGGGGAGAAUGGCGGCGAGGGAGGAGGUGCGUCGCAACAAGGAGCGCGACGAGGGGGCGGCGCGGAUCUCGAGGCGCGGAUCAGACGCGCGUGCGAGUGGGUGGGGGUUCUUCCUGGCGGCGCUCCGCAGAUUGAAGGGGGAACGGGCAGAGCGGCGGCAAUUGCGGGUGGUUCUGUGGGCUCGUCUGGCGUCACCGAGACUCUUGGGAGCAGUUUGCAAGGCCAGGAUUCGCCGUCGGGCAGAUCGGAUUCAGUCUGCGCGAGUUUUCAGCUGUCGGAUGCGCAACGAGUGGGACGGCCAGUAGCCAACCACCUCCCCGCAUCCAGCGCCGCAUCUGGCGCCGCGAAUCGCGCGUGGGAGGCGGGGUACGAGCUGGAGCUCCUGACGGCGGCGUGGGGGGAGCACCUCCCCGUGCUGCUGCUCGACGCCUCCGCGCCUUCCACCUUCCCCGCGCGCCCCUGCGCGGACAACUCUCCGCCUCCCAGCGCCAGGCAGCACCAGGCAUUGCGCCACGCGACGGGAGAAGCGCGCGUCGGGCGCAGGGAGAAGAGCGGCGCGGCGUCGGGCCACUUGGCGGAGGAGCGGGGGGGCGAUCAGCAGCGCGGACGGGGCAAGCGCGCAGCGGGGUCGAGCGGUGCGGCGAUCGGAGGCAGCACUGCAGGAGAUGCGGGUUUAACAGCGAUGGGUAGAGGCGAGAACGGGAGGGCGCACCGCGGCUCCGGCGCGCCGUCUGGUGUGCUCUCCGCCGUGGGACGCGUCGUGGCGGAGAAAGGCCCGUUGGGGCUGUAUUCAGGAGUGGCGGCGAGUCUGGCGACAGCGGCGCCCAUCAGCGCCAUCUACGCGUGCACGUACGAGGCUGUUAAGGAGGCGCUGCUGCCGCUCGUGCCGCAGCGCCUAGCGCCAGUGGCGCAUAGUGUGGCGGGGGCAGCGGCGAGUGUGGCGACGUCAGCGGUGUUCACACCCAGCGAGGCAGUCAAGCAGCGCAUGCAGACCACCACGCACUUCCGCUCCUCGCUGCAUGCGCUGGUGGGCAUGGCGCGCACAGAGGGCGUGGCGUCGCUGUACGGUGGGCUGGCAGCCGUGCUGGCCCGCAACAUCCCCAACUCCGUCAUCAAGUUCCUGACGUACGAGGCGCUGAAGAAGCGAGCACUGGAGGCGCAGGUCAAGGCAGCUGAGGGGGCGGACGGGCCGCAUGCCACCCUGCUCUCCCCCGCCAACCAGUUGCUGGUGGGGGGAGCAGCAGGGUCCACAGCAGCGUUCUGCACCACGCCCUUUGAUGUUGUCAAGACACGCCUGCAGACGCAUCUACCAGGCGCGCCCAAGUACAAGGGAGUGGUGGAUGCAUUCUCACGCAUCGCCAGGGAGGAAGGCAUUGGGGCGCUGUACCGAGGAGUGGCGCCUCGGCUGCUGAUCUACAUCUCCCAGGGCUCUAUCUUCUUUGCCUCGUACGAGCUGCUGCGCCGCCUGCUGCUGCCCCCGCCCUCCCUGCCCCUGCACGCACCGCGCUCACAUGGACAGGCGCAGGCAACUCCGCAGGCACAGAUGCAGCUAAGAAAGAGUAAUAAGCAACAGCAGCAGGAGGAGUAG